AGGAGGAGGAGGAGGGGGCAGGGGAAGCGGUGCCGGGCCCUUUUGCUUCAUCCUCUCCAGGCUGCCUUCACUCCCCCUCCGAGUGGGGAGAGGAGAAGACAGGGCCUCCUUCCUUCCUUCCUUCUUCCUUCCUUCUUUCCCUCCCUCCCUCCCUCCCUGCUUGUGUGACAGUUGCCAAGGGAGGCGGAGCUGGCCGGAGGGAGCCGGAGCCCGCCUUGCAGCCCCUCUCUGCCCGCCCAGGCUCCGGCCCCGAGGCAGAGAGACAGACCCCUUGCCUUGCCUUGCCUUGCCCUCCCCGGCUUCUCCUUCCUCGGCUCCUGCUGCUGCAGCCCGCUGCGGGGAUGUGCCAUUGCCAUGGCCAGGAGGCUGUUCGCCGGGGCCUGGCUCAGGAAGCCCUACUACGGCCAGGGCCGCCUCUCUUAUAUGCGGAUGAAAUAUCUCUUCUUUUCUUGGCUUGGAGUAUUCAUUGGCAGCUGGAUUAUUUAUGUUCAGUAUUCCUCUUACACAGAACUUUGCAGAGGACAUGACUGCAAGAAAAUAAUAUGUGAUAAGUACAAGACUGGAGUUAUAGACGGAUCUGCAUGUAGUAGCCUUUGUACAAGACAAACACUGUAUUUUGGGAAAUGUUUGUCAACCAAACCCAACAAUCAGAUGUAUUUAGGAGCUUGGGGAAAUCUCCAAGGUGUUAUCAAAUGCCAGAUGGAAGAAAUUGCUCACAUUGAUCUCAGAACUGAGCUAGAACCUAGAAAGGAAACUAUUCUGUUUGAUAAACCAACAAGAGGAACUACUGUUCAGAAGUUCAAGGAGAUGGUCUAUGGCCUUUUUAAAGAAAAACUAGGUGAGCAAGGAAAUCUUCCUGAGUUGGUUAAUCUCAUCUUGUCUGUUGCUGAUGGGAACAAAGAUGGCCGAGUUUCUUUGCCAGAAGCGAAAUCAGCAUGGGCACUUCUUCAGCUGAAUGAGUUUCUGCUCAUGGUAAUUCUCCAGGAUAAAGAGCAUACUCCCAAACUGCUGGGAUUUUGUGGGGAUCUUUAUGUGAUGGAAAAAGUGGAAUAUACCUCUCUCUUUGGAAUAAGCCUUCCAUGGGUCAUAGAACUUUUUCUUCCCUCCGGCUUCAGAAGAAGCAUAGAUCAGUGGUUUACUCCGUCAUGGCCUCGAAAGGCAAAAAUAGCCAUAGGGCUUCUAGAAUUUGUGGAAGACAUUUUCCACGGACCAUAUGGGAACUUUCUUAUGUGUGAAACUAGUGCCAAAAACUUGGGUUACAAUGAUAAAUAUGACUUAAAAAUGGUGGAUAUGCGGAAAAUAGUGCCGGAAAUGAAUUUAAAAGAACUCAUUAAAGAUCGUCACUGUGAGUCUGAUCUGGAUUGUGUGUAUGGAUCAGACUGUAGAACUGUAUGUGACCAAAGUAAAAUGAAAUGUACGACAGACAUCAUUCAGCCAAACCUAGCCAAGGUGUGCCAGUUGCUUAAAGACUACUUGCUUCGUGGGGCUCCGCUGGAAAUACAUGAAGAGUUAGAAAAGCAACUGUACUCGUGCAUUGCUUUGAAAGUUUCAGCAAACCAGAUGGAAAUGGAGCAUUCCUUAAUACUUAACAACCUGAAAACUCUACUGUGGAAGAAAAUAUCUCAUACAAAUGAUUCUUAAGUUUCUUUGUCUCGCAAGGCGACACCAUUGCUGCUGUAGGAGUUGUCCACUUUGUGUGAAAAGUAGCUUUGAGAUCUAAAAUGUUCUUUAUUUAGCGUCCAUCUUUCAUCAGUCCUCCUUCAAACACUGCCGCCAGUGAUUUUUUUUCCAGUUGGAAAAUGAUAUAUGUUCUCUAAAUAUCUGCCUGGCAGAGACUACUGAAGCCAUAUGGCUAUAUAACACUCCCAUUUGGGGAAGAGUAGAGAUUCUGUGUGCUCCUCUUGCCCUUACUCAAGAUAUUUGGAGAAGGGCAUCUUGGAUCUUUGGGAACACAGUCAAUAUGAACUUAGUUUUCUGAGCCAAACUUGCACAUUUCACAGAAAGCACUUGGUACACUCCCAGGAGGUCUGUCCCACUUUGGAAGGCAAGUGAGAGAUCAACUUGGAGCGGCUCAUCCUUUGGAAGGGAAAAAAACCCACAUUCUUUGCACGUAGAAAAUCUAGUAGUUCAAAUAAAGAGUUAUAGAUCAA